AUGGGUUGGUAUUGUUUUCGAUUUUGGUUAAUCUAUCGGUUUGCCUUAGCAAUCCUAGCCCAUUUAAAUUUUGGCUUUUCUUUAGAAUUAGAUUGUGUCUAUUUUUGUUUAUGGAAAGCAUAUGAUUUACUAUGGUUUUGGAUGCAUUUUUUGAUUUGUAUAUGUGUACCAGCCUUAAGACCAGAAAAUUACUUAUUAGUUGUUAUCAACUUAAUUUUAAAAAAAUGUACAACAUAUAAAGAUAAAACUUUUAGGUUUAUUUAUAAUGAUUUAUAUAAUUGGAAAAAAUCAAAAGUAGAAUUGGAUUUAGAAAGAAUAUUAACAUUAGAAGAAAAUAAAAGAAAAAAUAAAGAAUAUGAAGUUGAUAGUGAUGAAGAGGAUGAUACAACAAUUCCAAUUAAUGGUAAAGAAUUACCUGUAAAAAGAUUAUAUCCAGACUUACCAGAAAUUGUUGAUAAAACAAAAACUGAUGGUGAUUUAAGUGAUAAAGAAACAGAUAGUAGUGAUGAUUUUGAUAGAGAAAUGGAUGAUGAUUUAGAUGAAAGAAUGCAUGAACAUAAUCAUGAUUCUUUUAAAGAUCAAUCACGACCAAUGUUAUUAAAAAAAACAAAAGAAAUUAAUUCAAAAAAAGAUGAUAAAGAUACAAAAUUUGGAAAUAUUAUGGGAAAAAUACCUUUAAAAAAAAUUAAUCCUUUAAAGUUUGUAAAAAAAGAUGAUAGCCUUAAAUCACCAGUAAGUAUAGAAGAAAAGAGAGAACAAGAAGAGGCUAAAGCACGAUUAAAAAAAGAAAAAGAGGAAAGAAAAGCUUUGAUAAAUGAAAUUAAGGCAAAAAGAAAGGCUGAACUUCAAGUACUUGCUAAGAAAGAAAGAGAUAGAAGAAAUAUUGCAAAUAUUAUUGAACAUAGUCUUAAUGCUUGGAGAAUGAUGGCAUCAUUUGCUAUUCUUGUUGGAAAUAGUAGAAAAACAUUUUUACCUAAUGAAAUAUUAAAUCCAGGACAAUUUGUUAAAGAACAUGAUCCUGAAUUUUUAAUGUUCUUUUCAGCAACACUUUUUCUUGAAAUCUUUCUUUUCUGGAUUCGCAUAUUUUGGACACAUAUACAACAUUGGAAAUUAUGUUGUAGAAUAGGCUUAUGUAAACAUUUAUUAUGGCUUAGUUUUGUAGUUAUUGUAGGAGUAAUUACAAUGUAUAUUCCUAUGCAUUUUGUUCAUGAAGAUUUAGAUGUUACAUGGUGCAAGUUAAAAAAUGAUUCUGAUUAUAAAUGGAUUCAAGAUGUAGUAGAGUAUGAAUUUUUUUAA